AUGUACACCGGAAAGGCACCCCCACGAGCCACGGCUUCAGAAAUCGUCUCGACAGAGCCACCGAUGGGCCAACCUAUCCGCGUGAUAGGAAAAGAACCGUGGAAUACCAUGGAUCCAAAGUCGCGUGUCAAUUUCCUCAAACUCUAUACCGUUGAGCACAAUGUCAAGGUGGAGGACUUUGGUCAUGUCGAUCCCAACGACGAGUGGACAUUGAUGGCCCAAUUCAAGUCGCAUUGGGGAAUCGAGGAUGCGGAACCUCUGCCACCAGCUCGUCAUACCAAGUUCUACGAUGGUCAUACCUUUGGGCCAGCUCCAACCCAAACACGACAAGAUUCGUUUACUGAGUCGAUACGGAUAUAUCCCAACGGGCAGCCAAACACAAUACAUGCCGGCAACGAACAGUAA